CCUCGCUCACACCGGCGCGUUGGCACCAGGAGGUUUUUGCUGCGUCGCCUGUCGUCCUCUACGAGUUUUGUUUUUCCUGCAGUAGGACCUACCGAGGAGCUCGUCUCGUCCGCCCAACAUGGGUUGGUCCAAGUCGACGCGCAUCAGGGUGAUGCUCGCGCUUGACACCCUCUUUUUUCUGCUCGAGCUAGGCGUUGGCUUUGCCGUGCAGUCUCUGGCGCUGAUGGCAGAUGCCUUCCACAUGGUGAGGACUAGUUCUACGAGUCAGACCAGGCGGCCUGCGUACUGACGGCCCCGGCAGCUCAACGAUAUCAUAUCUUUACUUGUCGGUUUGUGGGCGG